CGAUGCGACGGGACCUGUCUGACGCUCGCUCGCAUGCUUUUUGUUGGGUCGCUUUAUUUGGACAAAAAGUGCCGUGAAAACAUAGGCUCGGGUGCCCAUUCUUGUUAGUUACACCUGAAGACGGGCAUUUAAUGGUCGUAUUAUUUAAUGGGAACAUAAACCAGAGAUCGAGAUCCUGAUCCUGUGGAUUUAAAUUGGACCUAAUCUGGACCUGUGGACCAGUACUUCUCCUAAAGCUGUUGGCCGUUUCCCCUCCCUGAGCCUUCAGAAUGCAUAGAACUACAGAGCCCCUAUGACCCACAGCUGCCUGGGUGGACUCCAUGGGGCAUUUCAAUAAAACACAAACUCUCGGCCUUCGUUUUCUCUUCUCCUUUUUGAGCUUCACUUUAGAAGGGGCCUAGCCUUAGAAACUAGCAACCUCCACCCUGGCUUCUACAGCAGAUGACUGCCCCUCCCCCCCGGAUACCCCGCCCCCCUCCGCCGCUGCUAUUGCCACGGUAAACAUGGGGUCUUCGGUGCGGUUCACGGUGACGCCGACCAAAGCCGAGGACCUGCCUGGAGUCUCUGACACUUCCCCUGACAUCAGUUCCAGAUCCAGUGGAGGAAAAGUUCGGUUCGGGUCCAGGGAAAGUGUGAAUCGCAGUGAGCCACAGAGUGAGCUGUCAGCUGCAGGGGGCGCCACCACAGACACACCCGACCACAGCUACACAGAGCAUGGUGAUGGCAACUCCAAAAUCUCCAAUGUGUACAUCAACAACACUCACGGCAUGGAUGAUGAUGACUUCUAUGACAGAAACCUGGCCUUAUUCGAGGAGGAGAUGGACACACGGCCCAAAGUCUCAUCUUUACUCAAUCGUUUGGCGAAUUACACAAACCUCACCCAAGGUGCUAAAGAGCACGAGGAGGCGGAGAGCAUUGGGGAGAAGAAGAAAUCCAGCAAGUCUCCGCAGAUGGGCACGUUCAUGGGUGUGUACCUGCCGUGUCUCCAGAACAUCUUUGGGGUGAUUCUGUUCCUACGUCUGACCUGGGUGGUGGGCAGCGCAGGGGUUCUCCAGGGGCUCUGCAUUGUCUUCAUCUGCUGCUGCUGUACACUGUUGACAGCCAUAUCAAUGAGCGCCAUCGCCACAAAUGGAGUUGUACCAGCGGGAGGAUCCUACUUCAUGAUCAGCCGUUCAUUGGGCCCAGAGUUUGGUGGAGCAGUGGGGCUGUGUUUUUAUUUGGGAACCACAUUUGCUGGAGCCAUGUACAUCCUCGGUGCCAUCGAAAUCCUACUGAUGUACAUAGCUCCGGAGGCGGCCAUCUUUUCAGCCAAAGGCCCUGAUGGUGAAGGGUUGGCCAUGUUGAAUAAUAUGCGGGUUUACGGCUCUGUCUGUUUGAUCCUCAUGUCGCUGCUCGUCUUCGUUGGAGUCAAAUAUGUGAACAAACUGGCCUCCAUCUUUCUUGCCUGCGUCAUCAUCUCCAUCCUGUCCAUCUACAUUGGGGCCCUGGUGUCUGCCUUCCACCCGCCGCAGUUUAAGGUUUGCAUGUUGGGGAAUAGAACCAUCAACGCCCAUGACUUUGCAGAUCGAAACUGCAUGAAAACAAUCUUACUUGAACAUCAACAAACACCAGAGAGAGAAGAGUCCAACUUAACUUUCCUUUCAGAAAAUGCCACUUUCGCCCCCACACUCAGCCCCCAGGUGACUGUGAUGACAACAGACUUAUGGAGACACUUCUGUCAUUCAGAACUGAACGAUUCGUGUGACGAAUAUUUCAACAACAACAACUUCACUGAGAUUGACGGCAUCCCUGGACUUGCCUCUGGAGUCAUCUCAGAGAAUCUGUGGAGCUCAUACUUGAGUAAAGGUGACGUGGUUGAGAAGCCCCACCUCCCCUCCUCUUUCUCCCCAGCGCCCUCGAUUGCCCAACCAUAUGUCUUCGUUGACAUUACCACUUCCUUCACGCUGCUUGUCGGCAUCUUCUUCCCGUCCGUCACAGGCAUUAUGGCUGGCUCAAAUCGUUCUGGAGAUCUGAAAGAUGCUCAAAAGUCCAUCCCCAUCGGAACCAUCCUGGCCAUCCUCACCACGUCCUUUGUCUACCUGAGCAGUGUGGUGCUGUUUGGCGCCUGCAUCGAUGGAGUGGUCCUCAGGGACAAGUUUGGUGACUCGGUGCGGGGGAACCUGGUGGUUGGGACCCUGGCAUGGCCGACUCCGUGGGUGAUUGUGAUUGGCUCUUUCUUCUCGACGUGUGGCGCCGGACUCCAGUCUCUGACCGGAGCACCUCGACUGCUCCAGGCCAUCGCCAAAGACAACAUAAUCCCGUUCCUCAGGGUUUUUGGUCAUGGGAAAGCCAAUGGGGAGCCCACCUGGGCCCUGUUACUCACCGCUCUCAUCGCUGAACUGGGGAUCCUCAUCGCAUCUCUGGAUUUGGUCGCCCCCAUCCUCACCAUGUUUUUCCUGAUGUGUUAUCUGUUUGUGAACUUGGCCUGUGCUCUUCAAACUCUGCUCCGGACACCAAACUGGAGACCGCGAUUCUCCUACUACCACUGGGCUCUGUCAUUUUUGGGGAUGACGAUUUGCCUUGCGCUCAUGUUUAUCUCUUCCUGGUAUUAUGCCAUCGUCGCCAUGGUGAUUGCCGGCAUGAUCUACAAGUACAUUGAGUAUCAUGGAGCAGAGAAGGAGUGGGGAGACGGCAUCAGAGGCUUGUCCCUGAGUGCGGCUCGCUACGCCCUCUUGAGGCUGGAAGAGGGACCACCGCACACAAAAAACUGGAGGCCUCAGAUCCUGGUGUUGUUGAAAUUGGAUGAAGAUGCUCAUGUGAAGUCUCCACGUUUGCUGACGUUUGCGAGUCAGCUCAAAGCGGGGAAGGGUCUGACCAUUGUAGGAACUGUAGUCUCUGGGAACUUUCUGCAGAGCUACGGAGAGGCCCUGGCAGCAGAACAGACUCUGAAGCACCUGAUGGAGAAGGAGCGAGUAAAGGGCUUUGUGCAGUGCAUUGUGGCGCAGAAGCCGAGGGAGGGCAUCAGUCACAUGAUCCAGUCCAGUGGUUUGGGCGGGAUGAAGCCUAACACUGUGGUGAUGGGCUGGCCUCAUGCAUGGAGGCAGAGCGAGGACCCGCAGUCAUGGAAGACCUUUAUCAACACGGUGCGGGUGACCACAGCAGCUCACCUGGCUCUGCUUGUGCCCAAAAACAUCUCUCUGUUCCCUAGUAACAGUGAGCCAUGCACUGAGGGAUACAUCGACGUGUGGUGGAUAGUUCAUGAUGGAGGGAUGCUAAUGCUGCUGCCCUUUCUGCUCAGGCAACACAAGGUGUGGCGGAAAUGUGGCAUGAGGAUUUUUACUGUGGCUCAAAUGGAGGAUAACUCGAUCCAAAUGAAGAAGGAUCUGGCAACAUUUCUGUACCACCUCCGAAUCGAGGCCGAAGUGGAGGUCGUGGAGAUGCAUAACAGCGACAUCAGCGCGUACACAUACGAGCGUACUCUGAUGAUGGAGCAGAGGUCUCAGAUGCUCCGACAAAUGAGGCUUUCCAAAUCAGACCGAGAGAAAGAGGCUCAGCUGGUGAAGGACAGAAACUCUAUGCUGCGUUUGACCAGUAUCGGAUCAGAUGACGACGACGAGCCAGAUGGACAUGAACGGGACCGGGCGGCGUCAGCAGGAGGCAGCACUGAGCACCACAGACGGGUGCAGAUGACCUGGACCAAAGAGAAGACGUCCCAUUUCAGAGCGGUGCACUCCGGCUGCUCCACUCCAGAGGGCUUCAGGGACAUGCUCAGUAUCAGGCCGGACCACUCAAAUGUCCGUCGGAUGCACACUGCGGUCAAACUGAAUGAGGUCAUCGUUAAUAAAUCCCACGAUGCUCGGCUGGUGCUGCUGAACAUGCCCGGACCCCCCAAGAACCCUGAGGGGGAUGAGAACUAUAUGGAGUUUUUGGAGGUUCUUACGGAGGGACUGGAGCGAGUUUUGUUGGUUCGAGGCGGAGGAAGUGAAGUCAUCACUAUUUACUCAUAAAAUAGGGAGCAGGCCUGGACCUAAAGACUGUGUGAUUGGCUGAAAAAAUCUUGCCCUCUCUGCUCUGUCUAUAGUUUUUAACACUGUUGCAGCCCUUUUAGUGUCCUUUUACUGAUAUGCAUACAAUACAUUUUUCACCAGUCACAAAUUAAUUUUAGUUUUUAAGGAAAUAGUGCAAAAAAAGUGACAAUGUAUGAUGAAAGUUAAAUUAUUAGUGGGUUGCAAGAUGGAUACAGUAGCAUUAACAUUUGAGAGAAGACUGGAAUCUGAAACGGUGACUAAUGAAAUAACACGCAUAAAUAUCAUUCAGAAGGACAAUAAAAGAGGCUGCAAACUCCAUAUUUUAUCAUUAAGCACCUGUUUUUAAUGUGUCCAUGUUUGAGUAUUUCCAAUAUGAAAGACUUGAGAAGGGACCAUAUUUUUGGUGUCAUUUUUUGGGCCAUAUGAAAGAAACAACGGCCAGUCCAGACUCAGGGCUUGUACAGAAUGUAUUUUGAAGGUCAUUGCAGCAAACUAUAUUUAUUAUUAAAGUGCAUAUAACAUGUUUUUCUAAUUAUUCCUUGGUUUGGUGGAAUAAUACCUGUGCUAAAUAGUUGAAAAGAGCAAAGAACUAAUUUUUCUGGCAGAUUAAACCUAAAUAUACAUAUAUAAGUGUUGUCACUCAUUUAACUAUUGUGUAAGGUUUUGGCCCUUGUGAGCAUUACGGUUGGUACCAGUUGGAAUGGAAUUAUGUGUGCAUAUGUUAUAUUUACUGCCCAUGUCCAACCAGGAAGUGAAAUUCUAAAUCUCACCAAAAUUUUAAAACUCAAGAAAACCAGACAAUUUUUCUUUGUAAAAUUUUCAAUAUUAUGAUGUUUAAAAUGAGUAGUCAAACCUGUCUUAUGCACUUUAAGACUAAAACUGGAAAAGUCACAAGGACACGUUUUGUUUUUUUGUUGGUUUUGGUGUGAUCAAAGAUUUAGUUUACCUAGACUGUAAUUUGAAUUGAAGGACAUAAUAGAAAUGGACCUCUAGUCACUGCAAAUUGAAUUGCACAAUAUUUUUUUUUUGUUUUUUUAAACUGUAUAUAUAUAUUUUUUAAAGAGCACACUAUUUAAAAAUAUUAAUUUAAAACAAUCAUUGUUGUAUGCAUUUUGAGUUUUGCAAAUUAUAGCUCAAAGCAUUUGUGACUUAAAGGAUUUUACCUUUUGCCCAUGUUUUUGGUUGAGGGGAAACCGGAGUGGUCGGAGUAAACCCACCCAGACAGAAGGAGAACAUGCAACUCCAUAUAGACAGGCCAGGGAGUUGAACCACGUACUUUCUGAGGCAAGAGUGGUAGCCAGUCAGCCAUCAUACCAAACAAUCUACCGGUACUUGCUUUUGUUCAUGAUUAAGCCUAAUGUUGACUGUAGUAUAAUGGGCAGAUUUUUAUUUGCCUCUAAGUCCUCCUACUUAGUUUUAAUUUAUUUACUUAUUAAAUUAAGCAAGGGAAAUGAUGUUCUAACUGAUUUUCCCGCCUCAAUUUAUGCUUUUUAACAAGCAUAAAUUUUACGAGUUCAUUCAAAUCACUGGAACAUCAGUUUAAAGUAUCAUUGUCCCACCAAACAAUGUGAGCUUUAUACAUAACUGAACAGCAAAAGGAGAUGUAAUGUAUUGUGCCAUAAACUGGGCCCUUAUGGACUGCAUGUGAACGGUUUGAAUGCAGCUGAUACAGUAUUAGUUUUAUACACUGGCCAAGCAACAAAAAGACACCUGCAUUUAAGGGUGCAUUAUUUAACUUUUCUAGUAGAGGGUCACCCACCUGCUUGUGUCCAUGGAGAUGUUAUUGCUUUGUCUUGAAUGUUGCACAGUAUGGCACUGACCUCAUGUAUCUUGCAUUUCUUCAAUUACAUGUGAUGCAUGCAUUCUUGCUGUGAACAGACUUGCCUUUCCGCAGAUCUGAUCUUUAACUUGGCCUGGUGACAAUAAUAACAUGUUUGCAGUCUUUCAGAAAUGUGUAUAUUAAUUAUUGCAUGUUUUUCACAGUAUUUUGAGUAAUAAAACCAAUACCAAAAAAAAAGCAUAAAUAAUGCAAAUAUGCAAGAUAAAUACUUUUAAUGGCUUAUUGUGGAAUAUUUCAGGCAAAGCAAUAACACCUCCAUGGACACAAGCAAGUAGCAUACACUCCACUAGAAAAGUUGCACAGUACACUUUUAAAUCCUGGUGGUGACAUAAAAUAUAUUUUGCCAGGUAGUGUAUUUUGGGCCAUGAAUGGAGAAGAUUCUUGAUUUCUGCAUGGCCAAAUCGUAAACUAAAUAUAUCUGAGGGGAUGUGAUUUCCAUGUUUUAAAUGUUUUUGGGGGUUUUUUCUAUUUCAAAACAACAUGGCAGUUCAUCCUCUUUCUGUGGUAUUAGUGGCUGCACGCUUUUGUUCAAUUUGUCCUGUUGUGAGAGUGUACUCCUGUCCACGCUUACAAGCUAAACGUUGCUAAAGUACGAAGCUUUUCAAAUCUGUUUCCACUGGAAUAGUUUAUUAUUGUUUUUUACCUCAUGUUUUACUGUGCAGGGAGAUAUUCAUAUUUUUGUCUUGCUUGUACAUAUAGCUUGGAAACCGAUCCCAAGUUGAAUCUUUUUUUAAAAUUGCAUUAUUAUAAAAAAGGAUCACAAAAACUUGCUUGAAAAAUGUGGGAGUAAUAAAGUGAUUUUGAAAGACUCUGC